CACUUUUCCCCGGGAUGGUUCGUGGUCACAAUGGGCACAGGAGGAAUAUCCAUGCUCUUUCACAACUUCCUCUACGCCUAUGACUCGAAGCCGAUGGAGGUCUUCUCUACCAUAUUCUUCUUCCUCAACCUCUUCCUUUUCGUGCUGUUCAAUAUCCUCUUCAUUGCGCGUCUCAUCAUGUGGCACGAUAUCCUCCCGCUUAUGCUCUAUCAUCCCGUACACAACCUCUACUUCGGAAGCUACCCCAUGGGGCUCGCCACCCUCAUUAUCGUCGCGACUUCCGUGCUAAACACGGAAUGGGGGUGGGGAGGCAAGCCGUUCUUGUGGUUCAUCUGGGCGGUAUGGUGGUAUGACGUCGCGAUGGGGUUCAUCUGCGGCUUCGUGCUCAUCCAUCUCAUGAUCACCCGACAGCACCACACGCUCAGCGCCGCGAACUCCCUCUGGGCUCUGCCGGCCGUCGCCCUGAUCGUCGUCGCAUCCGCAGGCGGCGUCGUCGCGACGCCGCUCCUCGCGGUCGAUCCCUGGCGCGCGGGCCUGACGAUCAUGAUGUCUGCAUUUCUACUCAUCGUCGGGCUCAUGAUCGGCUUCAUGUUCUUCACCCUCUACUUCCUGCGUCUGAUCCUGUACGGGCUUCCGCAGGGCGUGAACGUGCUCUCCGGCUGGAUCACACUCGGCAUCGCGGGCCAGGGCGGGUACGCGGUGCUCGUGCUGGGCAACGCCUUCAAGCAGUGGAUACCCGUGCAGUACGGCUCCUCGAGCUUCAUGCGCAGCGACACGACGGGGACGACGCUCGAUGCUAUCUGCGUGUACGUUGGGCUCAUGUUGUGGGCGAUCACCACGAUGUGGUUCUUCUACAACCUACUGGCCAUGCAGGAGGCGAUCCGACAGGGCGGCUUCCCGUUCAGCCUGCCGUGGUGGGAGCUCAUCUUUCCGAACGUCGUCUACGCGAACUGCACCAUUGAGCUUGCGGUGGUAUUCGACAGCACGUUCUUCCGUGUGUGGGGCGCGAUAUACGCUGCGGCGACAUUGCUGCUGUGGAUCGUGGUUUUCUCGCUCACCAUUCCGAACGUCAUCAGUGGGCGCAUAUUCGACAUGCCGGACAUCGAACAGGUGGAUAUAGCAUCGAAGCGUGCACGAGAGUCGCAGGACAUCGAGCGGGGAGAGCAGUGGGAGCAGCACGCGCUCGAGAGAGGCGGCAGCGAGGGCAAUGCUUCAUGACGAACAACGACGAGUGGGACGCAAUCUCGGCUAUCUAAUGACUCCAUACGAGUUGACUCAUUCCUCCUUCAUACUUCCACUUUGAUUCAUCGAUUGGUCAGCCUCUUUGGAUGCAAUUCGCUAUUGAAAUCGGAAUAUUAAAGCGUUUCCUAGGAACCCGUAACAUAUUCGCCUUGAUAA